AUGGAAAAAUUCCCCUUAAGUCCGCUGGAUGAAUUGGUCCAUAUGUCAUACCCUGGUUUCUUAUUCUCCUUCACACCAGAAAAGCCCGAAGAUUGUAUUUCGGCUCUGCAAAAUGCUGUCAAAUCUCUACUCCCUGCGCUGCCGUUCCUCGCUGGGGAAGUUAUCCCUCGCCCAGGACUACAAUCCUCCGGGGUGGAGGGGAUAAACAACGUUUCGCAUGUCGUCUUGCCCUCUUGUCAAGACCCCGCGCAUACCUUUCUGACAGUCAAGCAUCACAAUACGAGAAUGCCUUCCGCUCUACGUUUGGGGGAGCAUUCCAGUAGCUCUUCAGCUGAUGCCAAUGAUGAUUUGUAUCCACUUCCUAUAUUCCUCCACCCCUCAGAGAAGACCCCGACAUUCCGAAUGCAAGCAAAUAUCUUUUUGGAUGGCGGUAUUGCGCUUGGCUUGAAUUUAUGUCAUCGUGUUCUUGAUGGCAAAGCUACUUACAGGAUUAUUCAACUCUUGGCACAAUGCUGUUGUGAGCCGCAAACUAGCUUGGCCCCAUUCUCAACCGAGCAGCAGAAUGGGUUGAGAAAGGCCAUCUUUCUUCAUCAGCCAGAGCCAGAAAGCCUACGAGAUUUUCCAACUCAAGUCAUUGCACCGGAACCUACACCAUUGGCGAAUCCGCAGCAGAGUUCACAGUUGCCACCGAGCCCCCACACUCGUCGGUUCCUGUUCUCUGCUGCUGCUGUUAAAUCCCUUCACAAUCGAUGCAGCCAAACUAUACAUACAUCAUUCGUUUCAAGGGGCGAUAUCCUUACCUCUGCCGUUUCAAUCGCCAUAGCAAGGACUCGGACCAAGUUGGGACGAGGUUCUUGCUCAGUCGAUAUAUCCAUGGCUGUUGAUCUGCGCAACCGACUUUCUUCUCCCAUUUCCAAAGACUAUCUUGGCAAUAUGUCAGUCCCAAACUCGCAGAGCUGCCUCAACACUGAGCUAGAAAAGCAAACAGAUGACAUUUCCCAAGUGGCACAUGUGGCUUCUUUGCUACGACAGGGUAUCACUUCUAUGGAUGAAGGGUGGCUUGAUAGUUUACUGUCUGAUAAAAAGGAUAAGGACACAACUUUGGGAGUAUUGAACAUUGUCCAUACUAAUCUGCGGGAAAUGCCCUUUUAUAACUUGGAUUUCGGUCCACAGUUUGGUAAAAUGACAAAUGUCAAUGCUUUCUUGGGCCCAGUGGAUGGAUUGGUCAUUAUUCAUCCUGAACGUACUGGGAUUGAGGAUCCUGCGUGGGAGGUGCAAAUUUCUCUCAAUGCUGAAGAGCUCGACUUGUUAUCUCGUGAUUUUCUGAUUGGUCAACUUAUGAAUUGA